AUGUUAUCCUUACACGCAGCUAUUGUUCUGGGUCUUUGGAUUGUUUUACCAAGCUUGACCUUGGUGGCACUGGCAGGUGGACCAAACCUACCUCAGAGUGCAGAAGUGUUUUGGCGUUGGGAAGAUAAAGGAGACUCGGAUCCGAGUCAUCACAAUAUCUUCACUGGUACAGCUAACGCUACCUGGGUUAGAUCCGCAAGUUGUAAGAAAAGAAUGGGAUCAGAAAUCAUUCACCCCAGAAUCAGGGAUUCCCAUGUGGACGUCAAGGCGGCAACCAUCAAUCAUAGUGGAGAUUGGAUGGAUCCCGAUAGCAUUUAUAGUUGGCCUCAUGCCCAAAGUUCAGGCUUUGGAGUUUGUAACGCGUAUUCGAGGACUGACUUCUGGGUUCAUAAUCGAGAUCGAUCGCGUGCGAUGAAGAUUCGAUUUCCUGAUAUUUGUACUGAUAAAGACUGUGCAGGUCCAGACCACGAGAGACCGAAUGUUCAAUGUUUGAAUGGUCCGAAAGGAAGGAUUGUCAUGUACCUUGAUAAAUGGAUCAAUGAAUGUAUAGAUCCUUGA